AUGGAUAGCGGCGGAUAUCAAGUUUCCCAAUCGCCUUCGAGGACAACUACGAUUUCGGCGUGGAAAUCUCAACUCAGUAGUCAAGAUCAUAUUAAAAACACAACGGCUGGAAAGAGGAAGAUGUUUGGCAUUGAACACUGUUUAGCUUACUUGUCUGCUUUCAUUCUGAAACACUUGCGGGAUCAGACAACAAGAGGGACAAAGAAAGGGUUGUAUGUAUCAGCUUGCAUUACAAUCGGUAUUCUUGUUAUCAUUAUCAUCGUAGUGAUAUGCUUACUGUGCUUCCCAAGCACUCUGCAGACAAUACAAAAAGAUGAGGGAGCGGAUAUAAAAACAACAGAAGGGGCGGAUAUGAAAACAACAGAAGGAGCGGAUAUGAAAACAACUGAAGGAGCGGGUAUGGAAACGACACAAAAAGGCGAAGGCACGGAAGUGAAAGAAAAGAAAAAUGUUUUUGCCCUUCCACAAGAAUAUCGUCUUCCAAAAACACUUGUGCCAUCGUCGUACGAGCUCGUUCUCAAGACGUAUUUGCCGUUUUACAAGAGUAUUCCAAAAAAGAAAAUUUUGACAAUUGAUGCUCAAGUGACAAUCAACAUGCUCGUUCGCAAUCCAACAAAUGUCAUAGUCCUUAAUCAAGCUGGGAUUUCCAUAAUAAAAGAAAAUUGCAGUGCGACUUUGAAUGGCGAGGCUGUCGAUAUACAAGAGGUUGAUUUUGAUCACACACACGAAAGAAUUAGCUUUUAUUUACGAGAUAAUCUACCGGCAGGACGAGAAGUCAUGCUAAAGAUCCCGUACUCUGCGCCAAUAAACGAAGGAAGAGAUGGACUUUACCAAAAUUUUUAUCAGGACCGCAACAGAAAAACAAAGGUAGCAGCUGUAACACAAAUGGAGCCGACAAGUGCUCGAAAGAUGGUUCCUUGUUUUGAUGAGCCAGAGUAUAAGGCAAUUUGGAAAGUAAAGAUAAUACAUCCUAAAGGAACCACAGCGAUCUCAAAUGCGAGGACAUUAGAUGUAAAAACUCAACAAGGCGGAAAAUGGACAAUAUCUACGUUUGAGCCGACUCCUAUUAUGCCAACGUAUCUUCUCGCUCUUUUAGUGUCUGAAUUUACAUAUAACGAAAUGCAAACAAACAAAGGAGUAAAAUUCCGUUUGUGGUCAGCUCCUGGUACAGAAUCGCAAAGAGAGUACGGACUCAAAGUAGCUACGACUGUCAUGGAGUCCUUGGAAAAGUACUUCGGAGUGAAUGAUGUCAUGUCAAAGCAAGAUCUAGUUGCAUUGGAAAACUUUGAAGCAGGCGCAAUGGAGAAUUGGGGAUUGAUUACCUUUAGAAAAGCCCUCUUGCUGGAUUUAUCUCAAAAGUCCCAUCUGGAUCCGCUAGAAUUCAAAAUAGAGCAGCAUGAAAGGCGAAGACAAAUCGAGACUAUUGUCGCACAUGAGCUUACACACCAGGUUUUGCAAAUUUCUACCUACCAAAAUUUACAGAAAGUGUUGAAAAUGUAG